AUGGGUGAAACAAGUCGACAACAGCUGAUGAAUAAUUCAAGAGAUGCAGUCAAUUUUAAAUUCGUGUCUGGGGUCUCAGAAUACUCUUUGUCCUUGAGGCUUUGCCAGAUGCGGGCUCUUUCCAAUGAGCUAAGAAUCAUUCGUCAACUGCAAGGCUGGGUCAAGUCCGAAGCUUGCGCCUGA